GACAUUGUCUAUCACUGUUAUCGCGCUGUUUCGCCUGUCACUGCCAGCUUUUGUCACCGCACUGUACACGCAGCGCAGCUCCUUUAUGCGAAACUUCUUUGAAAUGUUUCCUUAGCUAGAUACUACACAUUUUGUGACAGGGCCGAGGCGUCGGUUCGCUUGCAACCCCCCCCCCCCCCGCAGCUAGCUGCUCUCUCUCUCAGCCUGGCACUGGUCCCCAUUAACUCAGUAUGGUUGAGGAUUCGCCGGCUGCGGUUCGCAAUGUGCGCUGUGGAGCCCGCAAGCACUCGCCAUGGUCAGCAAUGCGGGAGAAGAAAAGGGGCAAGGCCCUCCUCGCCUCGCCCGAAUGCCAGGAGCCUCUAUCAGAGGAAAUCGAAGAGGAGGAGGACGAGGAACCUGCCGCGGACCAUGAGAUGACGGAGCAGGCGGUUCACGUGCUGGCGAGCUUCGGCCAGCUGACCGUGGCUGGCGGUCGCCCGGGCAGCCAUAGCGACGCUGACACAGACCCCGCACGAGCAGGCUCCGGAGCUGAUGGGCAACGGCGGAAGCUGCGCGGCGCCCGUACCACGGGGCUCGCCGCCGGCUUCCACAGCCGGCUACGGACCUGCUUCCUCAACGACAAGGGCAGCCCUCUACGCCCAUCAGCGCACUCCUACACGGCCGGCCAACGCGGUAGCAGCAGCGAUGCGGACCCGGGGCAGGAAAAUUUGCCGCCCAUUCAGUUUGCGUUGCUCAACGCCGACGGCGCCAAAUGCUGGCUGAAGCGCACAUCGGGCCCUGGCGCCGAGGACGCCGCGGCUCCGGCCGCGUCGUCAGCGGUGCCGCCGCCGUCAGCGCCGCGUGGCCCCGGCGCGCCCGGCGUGGUGCUGCAGCCGCGCAGCCUGCUGCUGGGGGGCCAGAACGCCGCCACGGACCAGUGCCUCGUGUCCGCAGCGGCAGCUGCUGCAGCUGGACAGAACCGGAGUCAGCAGGCCGGCGGUGUCUGCGACAGCCCCGCGCCCAAGCCCCGCCCCACCCGUCGCAGCCUCAGCGGCGUACAGGCCGACGGCCACGUCGCGGACUCUGCCGAGACCCUGCACGGCAAGAACGCCCACGAGCCGUGCACCGCCGCGACCUCCUCCAACUGCGCAGCUGCCACCUCCACCCACAACCUCCCAGCUCACCCUCCACCCUCCAAGCCGCCGACCCCGCCCUCGCAAUGGGGCCGCUGCCAGCCAGGUGGCUCUGUCGCAACGUAUGGCAUCGCCGCGUUCGGGGUGCCUGCCUCCGUGCAGAGCUGCUUUAUGGGCGCCCCCUCUGCAGGCACAGCGCCCUUCGUGCUGACUGGCACCGCCGGGCCGCAGCACGGUGGGUGGGCUGCCAGCGGCGCCGCUAGCUUUGCCACCGCCAAGGCCUCCUUCGGCAGCGGUAGCAGCAGCGCGGCUGCCGCCGCCGGGGCCUCAGCCACGGAGUCACUGCCUGCGGCCUGCGCCCGCAACAGCUGCCAGUCCGGGCCGGCCGGGACGUCAUCGGGACCCUCCGCGUGUGCGGCGUCUGCACCCGUGGCUGGCGGCAGCGGCUGCUCCGACACCGGCAAGGCGCUAGUGGACUCGGCUGAGGAGGUGGAGCUGCGGCGGCUGACGCGACAGCCGCAGGCGCAGGCACAUAUCACAAAGGAGCCUCAACAGCACCAGCCCAGUGGCGGCAGCUGGGCGUCGUCCUCACUACUUAGCGGCUCGCUGCAGUCAGGCCCGACACUCGCCCCCGCGCCCGCGCCCAUUUCAGCCGCCGCCGCAGUGGCCUUUACGGCCUUCCUCCCUGGCAGCUCGGCUUCGUCUGCGCCCGCGCCCACCAGCUCUGCUACAUUCUUCGAUCUUGCUGCGCUCGCGCAGUCCUCGGCAUCCAUCUUGUGUCCCACCUUGACGUCAGGCUUCUUGGCCGCAGCGUCCUGCAGUGCUGCACCUCUGCGCCAGGCAACUGCGUCGGGCAUUGCGUCGGGGCCGGCUGGUAUCAGCUCCGACGCACCUCGCCGGGCAGGCUCGCGGUUGACGCCCUACCACCCAGGCCGGCAUGCAGCUAUCCGGGGCUGCGGGACCGCGGACGAGGACGCUGACGGUGACAGAGAGAAUGAGGAGCUGGCGGCAUCCCCGGCAACCAGCUGUGAGCUUGAUGAUGUUGACGCCGCAACCGUGCCUGAUCAUCGGCCGCACAGCCAUCACCACCACCAGCAGCUCAUGCCGCCAGCGAGCCGGCGACAGAGCAGGCUUGGUGGCAAGUUGGCACACCCACACCAGCAGCCCCAGCAGCUGCAGCUGGCCUCGGCAGCUGAUGGCCUGGAGCUGGAUGCUGAGCAGUGCACGCCGCCGGCCGCCGGUACUGCAGCCCUGGGUGGGAGUGGCGGGCGCAACCGCGCCUCGGACCUGCAGCAGGACCAGCAGCAGGGCGGUGACGUGGACUUGGCUGGGUGCUGUGACGAUGAGGAUGACGGCGAGCCCUGGCUCCGCACCAGCCAGCAGGCGCCCGACCCCGAUGACCCCUCCUCCGCCGGCAAGUACAGCGCGAUGCUGUUGCGGCGGCUGCAGGCGGUGGCGGCACAGGAGGAGCUGUACGGGGUACCGGGCACAGGCCUCAGCGGCUGCCACUCUGGACCCAGUUUCUACCUGGCGAACGGCGACGUGGAGCCGCACGGCUACGGCUACGCGUUGCGCAGCGGCGGCCAGGGCGGGCCCCUGCGCAGCGGCAGCUCCAGUAUGGAGCCUUCGCCCAUGCCUCGCCUGUCCGUGCGCCUGCGCCGCCUGCGCGCCAGCCCGUACAACCUAGACUUGGGCGCAGCCGGCGGCAGUGGCAAUGCCAGCGGAAACGGUAGCGGGCUCCACUCCUACCCCACGCCUUCCCAGCUGGGCGCCCGCAGCCGCAGCACCGGCGUGACCCCGGGCGGCACCAGUCGCCGCCUGCGCCGCCGCUCCCACCUCGUGGGCAGCCACGGGCGGGAGCUGGACGUGGAUGCACUGGCCAGCGGUGACGACGUGGGCGGCAGCGGCAUGGACGACGACGAUGGUGGGCUGCAACUGGUGGGCGCGGGCGGCGUGGUGGGCCGGCGUGGCGGCCGCGACCAGCUGCAUGCCGAGCUCCGCGAGGACGACCUGCGACCCAACCCCCUGCCCGACCAGAUGUACUACCCGCCGCCGCCCCGUGCCCCCUCCCACGCCACAAGCAGCAGCUUGCAGCUGGCUGGCUCGGGCUAUCCGCCGCUGCCUACUGGUGCGCAUGGCGGGUCGCUGGCCGCCUCCUUCACGUGCGGCUUCGGCGGCGGGCUUGCAGGCGGCCUGGCAGGCCAGCCGCCUCCAGUGCCGGCCAGCCGCCGUAUGUCGGGGCCGGGAUGCAGCGGUGCCGCCCUGACGCAGUCCCAGCAGCAGAUGCUGCCGCCUGUCUCGGCUCGUGGUUUGUCGCUGCCAGGUGCUGGGCCUAGCAGCCUGGCGCACUCCCUGCGCUCGCAGUCGCACUCGGGCGAGGAGUUCCUCAGCGGCCUCAUGGAUUACGACGAUGAGGGUGUCGAAUACUCUACCCCGCCCCACACGCCACUGCGUGGUAUAAGCAACACGCAUGACACUACUGCGGCGCCACGGAUGUGCUGCGACCCUGAGGCCUCUGCCGCUGGGCCAACCACCGCCGUGCCGCCGGCGCCCGCUGGCGCAGCUGCAGUUGCCCGAUUGCUGGGUUGUGGGCCCGGCCGCAACAGCUUCAAUGGCGGUCUUGGUGGCGGCGUGGGUGGCCCGCGCGCGAGCUUUGGUGUCGCUCAGGUUUUUCAGUCGCAACCGGGCGGCGGCGGCGUCAUGUUGCACCAGCGCGACCUGCAGCGGCUGCCGGGCAGUGAAUCCCCUCCGGACACGCAGCUGCAGUGGCUGCAGGGCGAGGGUGGCUGCGCAGUGGCCAGCAUCCUGGGUGCUGACGGCCUGGACAGCGCGUCAGGCUUCAACACACUCAUUAUGAAGGCUGCCAACCGCAACGAUCGUGAAUCAGCAGAGCGACUGUGGCAGGAGAUGUGCAGCUGCUGCGUGGCGCCCGACAUACAAACCCUCAAUGCAUUGCUAAGGUGCUUGUCUCGCUCCGCGGCCGACCCCGAUGAGGCGCACCUGCUGAUGCUGGACGUGUGCAGCCGCGGCGGCUUCUCGCCCAACGGCACAUCGCAGCGGCUGAUGGAGGAGAUCUGCUUCCGCUUCGAACAGCUGCAGGGCGGUGGGCACUGAGGCAGGCGCACAGGUGCAAGCGGUGCUGGUGUGGGUGUUGGUGCUGGUGCUGGCGGCGCUACGGCAGCGGCUUGCAGGACGAUCUCUACGUAGGAUUAGCAUGUAGAUGUAAAUGCGUUGGCACCAGAUGUGCACGUUAGGGACACUUGAUUGUGCGCACUUUCUGCUGCCGUUCGCGCGCGAGCCUGUUUGCAGCCCGCCCGCACACCUGUCCGCGCCGAGCCCGGCACACAGGCUACUUGAGGCCAUUGGACCCAUUUAGCGAUGGCAUGUACAGCAUUCAUGCAACAAAGAUUUGUGUUUUUUGCAGCUGGCUGAUGCCUGACAAACCGGAGCUUUACUCUCAAACGCCUCGGGUGUGUAGCAAGCAGUCCGCUUCUGUGGCUGUAUGUGUGGAGGAGCACUCGGUGAUGCCGUUUCACCCUGUUUCACCCGGGUGGCCUAGUCUCCUGUCCCAGGCACGAUCUCAAUUUCCCAACCCGUUGAUUGCGGUGCGUGUUGGGGCGCCACUCGUCGUGAUAGUGGAAGGAGCCUCCCCUGCGCGGGGCACACCACCAAUCAUCGAAGGAAAGAGGGCAGAAAGGUGAGGCGGCCAAGGGGAGGUUACGGCCAGCCAGGCAAGUGGGAUAGUGGACGCACGGGCGUUUUGUUUGGCAAGGUUUGCCUCACCCUACCGCAACCGUGAGGUUGCGCAGAGACGACUGCAGUAAAGCGUACGCUUCGCGCCUUUUGCCGGCACAGAGCGCGGGGACGCGGAGGUGCAAACGAUGUGAGCAUUACAACUUCUGGGUCACUUUUUCAGCAACGGCACGCACUAGCAAGCUGCAAAGUAUUUAUCACAAAUAUUAAUGCCAAAAGGCACGCACAAUUUUGGAGAGAACUCAACUGGGUCGCUGCCGUUUCGGCGCUACUGCGACUUCAGUCAGAGUAACCGCACG